UUCGUGUUCCAACCAACCGCCGCCAUAGAAAAACCCAGAAAUCUCUCGUCUUCACCGGCGAUCAGUUCAAAGAAUUGGGUUUCGGCACAUCUGGAGAAGCGGGUUCAAAACCAAUGGAACAACAGAAAGAAAAACCAUCAGCUGCAGCAAACCCACCCAUCCCUUCUUGUCGAAAGAAGAAAAACGAAGAAGCUACAUUCUUGGAGGACUUGAAGGAUCACAUCGACGAGUUCAUUCACGCAUCGAUGGACGAACACAAAUCGUGCUUUAAGAAAACCAUCAACAAGAUGUUCCGUAUGUCUAAAGUUGUGGCAGAUAAGAAUUCAGAGACAAGUGGAGUUGAGAGCUCUCUGCCUCUUCGAACAACAGUAUCAGAAUAAAUUCUCUUUUUUCCUCUGUUCUAGGAUACUCUCUCUCCAUCUUCAACCAAAUCCUUGUACUUUGGAUCUUUUGUUUUGCUUUAUUUCCACAGUUUAUACCCAUUGUUACUUAUUUUUCUUUUUUGAUUCUUAAGUUCUUGUUUAUUUCCUCA